UUAAUUAAUUAGGAGAUGAUCGCAGCAAAUAUUAUUGUAGUUGAACAGAAGUUAACAAUAGCCUUGUGCGACGUGUGGUUUAAUUGAAAUAACCUCCUUGGGAGAGAUCUUAUUUACAACUUUCUUUUGACGACAAAAAUUAAAAAACACUGGAUUUGUUAGCACGGUUGAGCGAAUAUAACGCGAAGCUUGCGAAACGUUAAUACAUUUGGCUUAAUCCCUAUGUUUGAGUAAAUGUGGUGGUACCCAGCUUGUCAACACUUUGCGUCGAUAUCUAGCAAGCACGUUAACACCCAUCAAAACUUGGACAUAUUUCAGACACGGCGCUCAUACAAGCCCGAAAACCGAAGUGUUUGUUCUUCCUCAGUCUUCGCUAACGAUGUCUUUGUAAAGUAAGCCGAAAUAACGGAAAAUGGUCUUUAUAACAACGCUAGACCGUUGAAUCUCUGUGGCAUAUGGUAAACAAAUCUAUACACGGAGUGAAGACUAACUCAUUGCUGCCGUUAUUCUGGGCUUUAAAUCUACAAAGAAGAUUCUUAAAUGACUGAAAUUGGAAAUAACGCUUGGAUUCUACUUUUUGCUUGCAUUCUGUCAACGCCGCCUUUUACAAGCUGCUCUCGAGAAAUAACGACUUGCAAUCUCUACUCGACCGGAGAAUGCGCGCAACAUUGUCACAAGCAUUCCAAGGAUGGAAAAGAAAGCUGUGCGUUGACGUGCCGUAAACACGAGAAUGGAACUGUUGUGAAACUAUGCAAUCAAUUGUGCGAUCCUUCGGAUGACAACACUAAAAAAUGCUCGUUUCAUUGUUCCGCCACCAAGGAAUGCGUUCAGCAAUGCGUGAGUGGAUAUUGUAGGAAAAUGAUAUGUUCUCGAAAUCACGGAAACUGUGAACAGCACUGCACUGGCGGCUCCUGUAAGAAGAUGCUGUGUCACUCCGAGCAUUGUUUUCAGCAUUGCAGAACUGGGGGUUGUAAUAUGGAAUGUGGACGCCAUGUAAAAUACUGUGAACAAAUUUGCCCCGGAGGUAACUGUCAUAUCAAAUGUGCGGCAAAAAUAUGUCGUGCAUAUUGUCCUACUGGAUCUUGUGAUAUGACUGGCCCAAAUAAAAAGAUCCAGACUCGUUGUGACAUCCGAGAUCGAAAUCAAUGUGCUCAAACUUGUAAUAAAUAUGGAUGUUACUGCAAGGGAGAUAGUCAUUUCACACAUUGUAAACAGGCUUGUAAAGGUGAAGUUUGUCUCUCCAUUGCAUGUCAUUCAAAAGUAUGCAGGCAAAACUGCGGAUCCAACUGCUCGCUUACAUGUAGUGUUGAAAGUUGCACUCAAGAGUGCACCGGCUCAGGGUGCGUCUUGUCCUGCGGUGGUAGUGUGAACGUUUGCAAACAAUAUUGCAAAGGAGGUGGAUGUAUUUUCAACUGUGCUGCUAAAAUAUGCAUCAAUGAUUGCGAACCAUCUGGGACUUGCAUUUUUAACGACGUCGGUGAACGGCCAGGAUUGCAUUUGGACAUAAAGUGUGAUUACAGACACAACGGUCAGUGUGAACCCUCCUGUAGGGACUGUCUACAUGGUGAAAAGGAUUUGACAUGUACUGGCACGGACGGGGGGGGAAAUGUAAUCAAAAUUGUGUCGGUGGCUUUUGCAAGAAUGUGAAGUGCAUGUCGGCAAACCAUUGCUUGCAGAACUGUCCUGGUGGGCAGUGUAAAAAUAUGGAUUGUCACAGUAGACACUGCGAUCAACGAUGCU